AGGUCUGGAGAUAGGCCACGGCUCUGCUAACGAACUGUCGUGGUUCAGCAUCUCGAUAGAGUAUUCAACAUGUUGAUUGAGUAUAUAAGCGAAAGUCGUGAUGUUAGUCGUUUUAGAUGUAGUUGAUGUUGUGAAUAUAUGAUUCAACGGCGUCAGGAAGACGCAGAUAAGAGGUUACAUGACAUGACAUGAGACUCUGAGAACUUCAUCAUCCCUCAAGCAUUGUGAUUGUGGAUUCAUUGUGGAUUUUCCAUUUCCGUACGCUCACACAUCAAGAAGAUAGAACAAGCCACACAACAAGAACAUAGAACAGCAGGGUAGACAUCGUCGUGCAGUUGUAAACAUGUUGACGCCUCCUUAGGCUGAGGGACUACUAGUCCUAGUCCUUGCUGUGCAGCAAAAAUAAAGGGUGAAGGAAACGAGUAGUCUCCUGCAGAAACCAUCAAGCGAUACCACUACCAGGUCUCGUCAGGUCUUGGUGUCCUCGAAGAAUCGAAGUACAUCUUCAAAGAACUGCUUCGACUCUGCUGCAUGAGAAGAACUUCCUUUUCCUCGUAGUCGCAUUUUACGACUACUCACACUGUCACUCCUUACUAACCUUACUCCUUCCAAGUCAGGAGAUUACUUCCACUAACUACAAAGCAUCUUCGUCGAAAUGGUGGACCCAAAGGAUUUCUUGCGGGAGGUUAACAGGUUCCGGCAGAACCCGGCCGGUUAUCUAGAAGAAAUUCUGCGAAAUGUAGAAUUCCGAGAUAACGUGGAGACCGAAGUCGCGGCUGAUGGUGGAAGAUCUCAACCGUACACUUAAGGGCUUCGGACCAAUUGCAUAGCAUUCUAGCGAGCUCUUUCCAACUCCCCAAACGCCACGAAGACGAGUGCAAUAGUAACUAGCAGUCUGAUUCUGCACAAGAACGGGAAUCCCUGACAGACUCUUUUCAAUUUUCUUUUGUUUCCCUAGUUAGGUCUGCAUCUGCUCCGCGCGCUAAGUUCUUUUGAUAGGUGUACAUUGUAGUCCAGAUUCAAGCACUUCUGAGCUCUCCGCUUCAAAGCCUAUAGUCAGGAAUGAUCAUUCAGGGAUGAUGUGAAGAAAGCAUCGGUGAGCCUCUAAUACACCACCUCAACUGAUGCAAUCGUCUUUCCGUCAGGCGCCAUGGUGGAAAGCUCCACAGGUAGAGAGUCGCUGGAGAGCCUUCGCGAUGAUGUGGAGCAUCUGGGUAUUGUACUAGAAGGACUUACCUACACCUAGAAGUAGUACUAGAAGCUACUUGUAGUUGUACUAGAAGUACUUCCUUAUAGAUGUAAUACAUAGACGAGCUACUUGUACUAGAAGGACUUACCUACACCUAGUACUAGUACUUGUAGUUGUACUAGAACAAGUACUUACUUAUAAAUGUAGUACUAGUAGUUCUACUGACUUAAAUUUAUGUAAUAGAUCUUAACAAUAACAAAAAUAUCCCAGACGCACUCCGAGUAGAUCUUCUCCCAGACGCACUCCCAGUAACAUCUUUCAGAAUCACACCUAUAGGUUACGACGUCCUUGCCGCUGGCCAAAUUUUUUCUUUGCCAAUUUUACACUUUUCUCCUGAAUUGUCGGAAGCUUGUGGAGACCAUGUUGCCGACUUGAUUGGGAACGACUUUUACUCCCACAUCGGAUUAAGGCUCAAGAACAAUCCAAUUAGUUUAUAAUUUUUACAAGGCUUUUUCUUUUUUGUAGUGCGAGCGACUUCCGAUAAGUCAAAACCUACCUGCGUACUUUCCGCAUUUACGAGGCAAAUGCAUCUCUCACGGCUCGUCUCCCUCGUUGGCGAGUGAGAAAAUCAAUGAAAGCAAGAAAUGAAUCACUGUGAGCUCUAACCGACACUGACGGCAGCACUCCGGAGGAGCGCAUUGUGAAAUACGGCAAUAUCUCUUAUGCCCGUUUUCCGAAAUAUCACGCUGACGUCGAUAAGAUCCGAGCGAAGACGACGCAUCGGCGAAUGAACAACACAAUCAACCACAAGUAUCGGGAUAGAAGCCAGACGGCGAAUGUGGAUAGCGAGUUGUUAAACAGCGAGCUGUCGAAUUAAGGGUAUAGAUCAUUCAACAUCUUUGUUUGAGUUCAUCCCUGAAAUGAAUUCUGGGCCAGUUUCUCCCUGGGAUACUCUUCAGGGAUGCAGUUGAAAGAUGAACUAUGGAGAGCUCUAAUCGAAGUUUGGCGGUGAGGUAUCACCACCGACGAGUCCAGCUGGAGGUCAGCACUCAGCAGAUGGAGGAGCAGUCGAGCAACCCGCUAGCGGGGCGCCUCCACAAAGGCCACAAGGAGGGAAGGACAACAGCGUGCCUAGUAAGGUGAAGGUCGACAACAGCGUUCCGUAUCAGGUACUUAUAAUGUUUUGUUGAUAGCAUGAAUCAUGGUGAACAAAGCAUGUGAAAUUCAUAAGUAUGGCAGCUGAAAUUCAUGUUGUGCACUUUCCUGUUGUGCACGAGGACGAUGCUGUAGUAGCAUGAUCAAUACUGUUGAACCCAGCAGGAGAUAAAAAACUUUUCGAACAACGUACUCGAAAACUGAAAAUAACCGCGUUACUGACUGAAAUGUGGGAGGUAGCCUUGACAGGGCUACUCUUCCUUGUUCAGUAUCUCGCUUAUUUUAGGUAGUUACUUGCUUAUUUCAGUUUAUCGAAUAAAUAGAAUACCAAAACAACGACAAAAGUCCUACAUCAGUUUGCUAAGUAGGAAACCGAAACAACGACAAAAGUCCUGCAUCAGGUUGCCGAGAACAUCCAUUUCGGAUUGCAAUCUGCGCAAGACAUCGUGUAUCACUUCCUCCUUGACGAUAAGGACCCGCAUCAUGGACACCGCCAGAAUCUGCUGAAUCGAGAUUUUCACCAUCUAGGAUUCGCUUACUCCAACAAGCAUCCUUCUGCACUUACCUGUGCUUGCUGCUUGCUAGUCGAUGCGUCCUUUUUCCCGAAGAAACCGCCACAAGUUCGGCUUGACGUUGCUCAGGAGUUGAUAGCAGCACCGAAUCCAGCUUAUCAAGACGAUGCUUACUUUAAGAGUUUCACUAACUACAUCUGUUGUAGUUUCCACAUUGCGUCCUUUUGAUGAGUGUACUGCGUUACUUUAAGAGUUGUCCUUUAUACAACUAAAACAUCCCUAGUUGUAACUCUUUUCGCACGAAGAAAAAAGUCGAGAAUGUUCUGAAGAAUGCAAUUUCUGAAGACUCUAAAAAUUACGACGUGGUGCCUCUGCUACACGAUCCGGCGAACAGUCACAAGCUGAGAGCCGGAGGACAUAUUAAAGGCGACUUGUUGCAGGGCGCUUCCGGAGACGCGUUUGCCUUAGACCCGCCGCCGGCAUCUUUCCCAGCUAGUCGUCGAGGAGGACUCAACGCGGGAGAUGAGGUAUAUGUGCCUACUGCUGAAAUAAUUCUGUUUAUGUCUACUUACUUAAUACUGCGCUGGGUACUACGUGUACCCGCGUCCUAGUUGUACAUCAAGUACGCUCCUUUGCACAGCGCUUCUGCUAUUUGCAUUCUUGCUCGUCAAAAAUGUCUUCAUCUUCACACCAUGAUCUGGAUUAAUAUAAGUACUUAUACUUAUCGAUCAUAUCCUCAAGGUCCUUAUCCUUAACCUCAGCCUUAACCUCAUCAUUCAUUCUUCAUUCAAGGUGGCUACCUCCGGAAUGCGUGCAACUGUGCCCGCGACAGAGGACAAUAGCAGAAGAGAUAGUCGCCUCAGGACUAGUGGGCCGUCAACCAACGAUUCUGUGCGGGCCUCGAAGACCGUCGAUAUCCAAGACAUAGUGCGCGCCCAUCGCAAUGAGAGCCUGAAGUCUUCAAAUCAGGUUUCAAAGACGAACACCAUCACAAGCAGCAUUGUCACGUCGCAAGAGCAGACAGGUAUUUGUAUUAUUUAGUUGUGUUACAGGUACUCAUUCAUUCAUUCAUUCAUUUUCGCGGUUCGGGUCCGGCAAUGCAGCUCAGAGGUACAGGUACUAUUUACUUAUCGACUGUAGUAGAGCAGAGCAGGUGUUAUCGACUGUAGUAGAUCUAGAACUAGAUGGAGCUGAAGAUGUAGAGCUUGACGAAUUGAAACGUCUUGUUUCUUGUCAAAUGCUUACCAUGAGGCGGUCCUCGUUGCUCUGUGUAAGAUUUGCGUCAAACUUGGCCAGGAAGUGUUAGGCCUGAAGUACAUGACCAUGACCAUUUAAUGUGUGAAAAAACUAGAGCUUGCUGCAUCCUUUUAAGCACUUUAGGUACAACUUGGUUCCUCUCAUACUCAUGCUCAGUCAUCGACAUGCUUAUGCUUAUUUUCAGUUUACUUAGAUGCUUGGUUCCUCUCAUCCUCAUCAUGCUAGCUUAUCUCAUUCAUUGCGUUUACGUUACAAUCCAGGCGACUACAACGUGAAAACUCGUGUCCAGACGACAACCUGGCAAGACGUUUGUGAUGUGGUAAAACCAGCUCAGUUUGCCAUCUCUAAAAAGCAGGCUGCGCAGUUGCCACACCUAGUAAAACCGCUAAAAUUAAGGCUCGAGGAUACAAUUCAAAUGUACUAAAUUCAUCUUCUCUACUAGACAGUUAUAACAGUUUGAGGGAACAAUAGAUACAUCACAUUCAAGAAACAUCCUUGGGUGGAUCGCUUGGGAGAAAUGCAUUUGCAAGAGUUGAAGUGAAAUAGAAAUGUUUUCUUUGAGCUCUAAUACAACGUUUUUGGCGCUACGUCCCACCGCGUGAUCCGUAUGCUAAGUCCUUCCUCGGUGAGGUGAACCCCAAGAACAGCCGACACGUGGCGAAGUCGAUUGUGAGGUCGUUUUGCCAUCAUUUUUCAGCUGGCGGCACACCGACACUGAAUUAAGGCUUGCAACAAUUGUUGUUGUCACUUCCUUCCUCAGUUCCGUGCCGCUGUUAGUUGAGUCAAAACUUGUGUGGGUAAUCAUCGUGACGAAGCACUAUGUUGACGCCGUGCGGCAGUCUGCACUGAACUCGGUGCGAGAUUAAUUGCACUGUAUUGAGCUCUAAUCCCAGGAGAAUGAGUUGGAUCUCUUGUUGGAGCGGUUAAACGUGUACAAAGUCCGUCCCCAGUACAGUGCGUCGAUGAUCAAGGGCUUGUUUGACGAAAUCAUUGAAAGAAGACCGGUCGAGUUGCAGAAGUUCCGAGAUAUUUCUGACCAAGAGCUCUAUGAUGCAGUUGCUGACAAGCGGACUUGGGCGCCAGCAAUUAACAUCGUUUGCUUUCCAGUGAAGUCGGAUAAGCACCAACAGCCCUACUUAAGACUCGUCAAGUAAAUCCAUCUCCAGACUCAUGUAGUUGGAACUGUGAGGACUGUCCCGCAAUCUUCAAAAGGAGAAAAGAACAGCUUUAGGAGGAUCGCGCAAAGGGAAAACAUAGACAGUUCCAAAAGCGAAAUGAGUCCUCUCGAGAUGGAUGCACAGACAUGCAUUUGAAAGGUCGGUUGCUCGCUCUUCUAACCUAGGAGUUGAUAGGGCGCACGCAGUUGAUCGACAACUGGCUGCUGAAACUGUAUCAAGACUACCAGUCAAUCGGCUUCUUUGGCGGAUCCACGGAGGUUCCGAACAUAUUCGGACACGACUCGGUGGCUGAUAACUACAAUUAUGGAGGGUUUAGAGUACUACUUACUUAAACGAUCAACCAUGAAUAUGAAGUAGACGGUUUGUUUGUUUUGAUGCGCUCCGGGCGACGCGUACGAUCCCGCCGGAUUUCUUUGUGCUCUGUGUGUGUUAUAUGCUAUGGCACUUAGACGGUCCUAGAGUCAUAUGUGGAUCUUAGAUGAAUCAACGAAAAUUAAUCGGGAUGCCGAAAAAAUCCUAUCACAACUUGUAGGUGGCAUGCAAGUACUCAUCUUCAAGUUCUGGAGCGGGAAUUUAAAGCAGUUCCAGUUACUUAUAAACUUUGCUGCUAAAUACAUACAUAGUAGUAUUGAUGUUCGCUUCUGUUCUAAGUCAAAGUUCCUGGGUACUAUCGUGCCUUCGGAGAGGAGCUAGUCCGGUUUAUGAAGCGAUCAGAGGUCUUCCGGAAAGAAGUUUUGGAAUUUCUACAGCCUGGAGGAGGAACAACGGGUCCGUUAUGGCUUUUGUUGAUUGUUCAUCUUAAGAGCGAGGCAUAAUCUUUGACGUGCUCACUCCACGACGAGGGGUUCUAAGUCCUACGGCUGGAGAUGCAGCGGCCAGUUCUAGCGGUGGCGGUGGUGCUAGUGGAGAAGCAGCGGCCAGUUCUAGCGGUGGCGGAGGUGCUAGUGGAGAAGGAGGUGCUAAGAGUCGAGCCCAAGAAGAUGUGGUGGAAAUGA